GUUACGCGACUGCUGGGUCUGCCCACCUUCUUCCUCCGCCUCCGUCCGUUUCUCUUCUCUACGAACGCAGCACGCAACGUGGUCGAGACUACACAACCUAGAAAAAAUCCCAUCGAUCUGCUCCAGCUUUGCGGCGCGGCAGCCAGCCAGCCAGCACCCAUGGCGGUGGAAGGGAUAACCGAGGGCGUGAGGGGCCUCAAGGUGGAGGACGGCGAGGGGGCGGCGGGCGCCGCGGCCGACGCGCCGGCCGCCGCGGCCGCCGGCGGGGAGGGGCAGAGGCGGGGCGCCAGCGCCAGCAGCAACCGCAUCCAGGUGUCCAACACGAAGAAGCCCCUCUUCUUCUACGUCAACCUCGCCAAGAGGUAUAUGCAGCAGCACGGCGACGUCGAGCUCUCGGCGCUCGGGAUGGCCAUUGCGACUGUUGUAACCGUGGCGGAGAUUCUGAAGAACAACGGCCUCGCUGUUGAGAAGAAGAUUAGAACAUCCACGGUGGAAAUAAACGACGAAUCGAGAGGCCGCCCAUUCCAAAAGGCCAAGAUUGAGAUAGAGUUGGGAAAGAGCGAGAAAUUCGACGAGUUGAUGGCCUCUGCUGCGGCAGAUGCCGAAGAAGGCGAGGAGGAGGCCUGAAGAACCAAACAAAGCCGUAGCGACUGCAUCCUGUUGCUCUACUUUGUUAUCGCUGUUGUUUAAAACUUUCAAAACCAAUGCACGAGACAUGGCGUGUCCCUGUUUAACUUGUAUUUUCGUAGUGUCAGUGUUUGUGAACUCUUUGUCUGAUGAUAAUCUGUUUCGCGUGCA